AAUUUGAAAACAUAUAAGCGUAAUUAGUUACGCGAUCUAGAUCUUCGAUGUUUUCGGCGGCGAUGAGAAAGGCGAUCUAGAUCUUCGAUGUUUUCAAGGCGUUGGGAUCCUGGGAUUUGGGAGGUUUAUGAGGAUUGGAUCUGCGAAUCAUUUGCUAAUCUUCGAUGGUUUGAUUUGGGAAGGUGGAAUUUGGGAAAAACAUGGCGAGUCAGAAUCAUAGCGACUCGGAUCUCGAAUUCGAUUUCGAUCCUCAUUAAGACCGAAAUCGAAUCAUUAUAGAGAGCCAACUUUUGGGUAAUGUGGGGGAGGUGAAGAACGGUGAAGGCACUCGCAAAAGGCUGAAAAUUUCGGUUCCCCAUUUCGAUAACUCAGCCUUGAUCAAGACCUUCUCUAAGACCUUGCUUGGAAGAUGCAUGAAUCCUGAGGAGCAGGAGAUGAAGGCGCUGAUUUCGAACCUUCCAAAGAUCUGGAAGUUAGAGGAAAAGGUGGUUGGUACAGAUUUGGGUUUCGGGAAGUUUCAGUUUGAUUUCUAGAAGGAGGAGGAUAUGGAAGGGGUUCUCAAGCUUCAGCCCUUUCACUUUGAUUACUGGAUGCUCUCAUUGGCACGCUGGCAACCAAAGAAGUCUUUGCUCUACCCAUCAGAGAUCACGUUUUGGGUUCGUGUGAUUGGCAUUCCGGUGGAGUUUAAAACAUCACCUACUUUUGAGAGCAUUGGUGAUGCUAUUGGAAGGACGGUGGCUGUGGACGUGGAUCAUUCUCGAGUUCAAGUGGUGGUUGAUGCGUUUAAGGAGCUCUGUUUUGAAACCACAGUGGAUUUCACUGGCGGAGAGUUUUAUGAGGGUGAGGAAGCUCCAGUGUCGCUGCGGUAUGAGAAGUUAUUUGGCUAUUGCCAAGUCUGUGGCAGCCUUUGUCAUAAGGACGAAGUGUGCCCUUUAGACGCGAAGAAAAACAAGAAGAGUCCGGAGAAGAAACGGGAGGCAGAGAGGCAAAUGGUUCGUGGUACAAAGGUGGAAAGCAUGAUGACAUGGAAAGGAGCUACAAGGGUGUUGUGAUAAACGGGAAUUCACAGAACAAAGGGAGAGAAGGGAGAGAUUACUAUGGUAAAGGCAAGGGCAAAAUGGUGGAGGAAUCAGAGUUUAAAUGGACGAAUGUACCAGAGAGAGGAAACAAGAGGGCAUAUACUAAUCGAGGAAACUAUAGGGGAGAGGGUGAUGCAUCUCGUCACAGAUCUGCGAGGAGAGAGGAUACACGAUUUGGAGCUCAGAAUGAACAAGCUAGAGAGCAACAAGGGAAAAGAGGGGUACGUGAGGAAGCUCAGGAGGAGGAGAGAUUAGGAGUGCAAGGGCCAGGAGCAGGGAAGCAAUGGCCAGGAGGAAGAAGAAGUGGCUUAUGUGGAAGAGGAGCAAGGCCCGGUGGGAGGUGAUACAGUGAAAAAGCACGGGUUAUGUAAGCAUUUGUUUAAGCCCACGUUAAGCACGGUGGGAAGCUCUAAGAUGAUGGUCUUCAAUGCGCUGGCGUCUCCACGAAAACGAGCUGGAGCUAAGACAGGAACACGGCAAGGAGACAACAGUAAGCAAACGGAGAAUAAGGGUCCUUCAAACCCGAAAUCUGGUUAUCAGAAACCUUGAUUUUAUAGAUAGAGUCUUUCUACAAGAAAGGUCGCGUAAGCAGUGUUUGUUUUAUGGUUUUGUUUGUUUCCCGGUUCUAAUAAGCUUUAAGAGCAUUUGGGUUUUAUUUGAGUUAAAGAAUAAGUUGUGUCUGGUCUUUGCUUUGUUUUUAUGGGUGUUGGUAAGGCUUUCUCUUGAGAGUAAGCAAUGGAUUAAUAAAAAUGCUUUGUGGUUUUGGUA